GUUAAUACAGAAAUUUGUAAGAACUGUCGAACUCGACAUUUCUAGAAAAAACUUAUAAAGGUUGAAUAUUAUAAAACAACAUAUAACAUUUAGAAGUGGGUUUAUAAAACUAGUUCUAAAUAUGACUGAAAAACCUAAAUUAGAUCUUGGUGUUCUUGAGGAGGACGACGAAUUUGAAGAAUUUCCGGUCGAGGAUUGGACUGGGAAAGACAAAGAUGAGCAAGAUAUUAGUGUUUGGGAAGACAACUGGGAGGAUGAUAACGUGGAAGAUGAUUUUAAUAAACAAUUGAGAGCACAGUUGGAAAAACAGAAGGCCAAACCCCCAGCAAAAUAAUGAUAGGAUUACAUUAAAUUUAGGUUUAAUUUGUGUGGAUAUAAAAACAAAAUUGAAAAAAACAUUUAUAUUUUGUGAAAUGAAUUCAGUACAUUAAACACUAAAAGAAAUCAGCGUCGUAUCUUUCAGAUUCAGUUCUCGACCCAACUGCACAUGACAGUAAAGCUUGAAUACUUCGUUCUUCACCACUGCCAUAAAUGUAACCAUUAGCCUAAAAUUUGAUAUAUAAAUUAUAAAAAACGGUUUAAAUAAAUUAAUACCUUAUCGAUUGCA